AUGAACAACCUUUUUCGAGAUAAUAAUAAUUCUAAAAAGAUUAGGAUAUCCGAAAGUACAAGAAAAUCUUUACAAAAUGAUAUGAAUGAUUUAAUAAACACUCAUGCAGAAAGAAACAAACAAAGAGAUGAACACUUAAGUUAUAUUUAUAAUACAAAAAAUCUUUUAUUUGAUAAUUCAUAUAUCUGGUUAAUUGCUGACGCUAAAGAAACAAAUGAUAGAACAAAAGAAUUAGAAUAUGCUAAAAAAUUUUAUGAAGAUUCCAUUGCUACUCCAGUAUUUGGAUUAGCAGCGUACACGUAUGGUAAAGUUUUAAUCGAAGAUGAAGACAUGAGAGAUGAAGUAAAAAAAAUGUUUGAAACAUCGUUUUUCCAAGGUGGAUAUAUCGAAGCUUCCAAGAAACUCAAAGAAUAUUUCAAUGAUGAUAUCAACAUUUUUUAUAAAGAAAAAUAUGAUAAAAAAGAUAUUGAAGGAAUUGAAUGCUUUUAUUAUGCUUCCGUAUUACUUUCUGAAUCAAAUAUUAGUAAAAGUAAUGCAGAUUACAUCAUGGAUAUUUUAUUCUUUGGAUUGAGUAAAGAAGAUAAUAAUUGUCUUGGUUUAUUACAUACCAUGUUGAAAAAAAAUAUGGGUACAAGACAUAAAGAAAAGAAAGAAUAUGUUAAAGAAUUAUAUGAUUUGAAAUUUUCAAAUUCUGGACUUAAAUACGAAUCUAUAAAUAAAAAAUUAUUAAAAAAAGUAGAAGUUGAGAAAAAAUUUAAUCCCGAAGAUAAAAUGAAAAGUAAAGAUUUAUCUCAACUUAAAGUGAUUUAUAAGAAUAACAAAGCAUCAAAGAGCAAUUCAUCCAUCACUGUUGUUGAUAAUGAUGAUUAUGAAAUUAGUGCAUUUAAUUUCUUAUUUCGAUAUAAAUUAAAACAAAAACUGUCUAUUGAUAAGAAAAAACAUGUGUUUGCUUUAAAAGAUGAAGAUGCAAUCCUAAUGGAGAUUAUUGAUAUUAAAAAAAAUAUUAUUGUAUUUCAAGAUCCUUUGAAAAAAAAUAGAAGAAUUAAAAAAGAAUUAAACUUUCAUCCCCAAUUUGAUAUUUCUCCAUAUAUCAAUAAUUUAACAACUUCUUCCAAAUAUAUGUAUAAAUUUUCAAGAAAGAAUUUUGAAAAUAGACACUUGGAUCAUUUUACUUGUGAUAGAUGUUUUAAAACA